AUGUGCCUCGGGGAGAGCAGCCUCAGGGCGGCCCCGAGAGCCGCCCAUUUCCUGCUCCAGUGGAAGUCCGAUUGCCAUUUCUUCAACGGGACGCAGCAGGUGCGGUUCCUGGACUGGUACAUCUACGACCGGCAGGAGAUCUUCCGCUUCGACAGCGACCUCGGGAAGUACAUGGCCGUCACUCCGUUGGGGCAGCCCGCUGUGGACCAGUGGAACAGCAAUAAGGCCUUCCUGCAGUACAAGAAGGCCUCCGUGGAUCGCUUCUGCCGACACAACUACGAGGCUCUCCAGGGCAGCCCCAUGGUUGGCCGGAGAGCCAAACCCACCGUCUCCAUCUCCCCCACCAAGCUGGAUCCCGCUUCCCCCAACACCAUCCUCCUCUGCACCGCGAGGGGCUUCUACCCCGUGGAGAUCGAGGUCCGGUGGCUGAAGAACGGGCGGCCGGAGGAGGAGGGCGUGGCCUUCGGGGAGGAGCUCCAGAAUGGAGACUGGACCUACCAGCUCCAGGUGAUGCUGGAGACCCAGCCCCAGCGGGGGGACGUCUACGCCUGCCAGGUGGAGCAUGCCAGCCUGGAGGCCCCCAUCACCGUCCAAUGGGAGCCCCGUUCCUCCAACUCUGCCAAGAGCAAACUCUGGACGGGGAUUGUUGCAGCUGUGAUCGGGGUGAUCUUCUUCACCAUGGGGCUCUCCCUCUACCUGAAGAGCAAGAAAGCAAUUCCCAUCCAGCCUCCUGCAGCACUCAUGAAUUAAUUCUGCCGUCCUUCCUGCUUCCUGAUGAGAAAAGAAGGGGCUUUUUUCCAUUAGCUGAUGAAUUUCUGUCUCUUUUUUGCAACCUCUGAAAAAUGGGGGGUCAAGAUUUUAGAUCGGGAAGAGGAGGAGAACGGCAGCCUGGAGCUUCUCCUGCUGAGAUUCCCCCCCUCCUUUAUUUUCAGGCCUCCCUUUAUUGUGAGGGAGGGAUGGAGACCAUCUAGACUGACCCCAGGGACUCUGGGCCUGUCUGUCAGUCCAGAACCCCAAAUCUCUCCCCCCUUUGAAUCCACAGCAGCUUCAUCCCCAUUAGUCUUCCUAUGAAUCAUUUCCCUUCACUUUGCUAUAAAAGAA